AGCAAUGAUAGUGUUUAAAUCGAUACAGAUAAUUCAGUCUUUUCUUUUUUUUUUACAAGCUUUGUAAACCGAAUCGAAUAUUAUCGAGCGCAACGUAAUGCUUUAUCCAACGUUAACGCACGUUGUUUUUGUGACUGAAGCGCAUCCACAAAUGAGUAACAGACACCGUGCUCUCGUUUCGCUCUCUAUUAUCGGGAAUUGUCGUUUCAUAAACGCGAGUGGCGCUAAAAUGAAUUGCUUUGCUAAAUGAUUCAGUGAACCGAAUCGCUCGAGUCGCCGCACGUUGACGUCACAUCAAACGAGAACACUAACUAGAAACUUGUUGUUAGAUUAAAUGUAAACAAUUAUGGACUUUAAUAUGUAUUUUAAAUGUACAUAUCGUCAUUUAUAUGAUGUGUAGUGCUAGUUUAUAGUGUUAUUGUUCUCUUUUAAAUCAAUUGUGAUGUUCUUCAGGCCAUGAACUAUCACUCCCUUACCGUUUUUUCUGAUAAUUAUUCUCAUCUUAAACUCGACAGCGUCCCGACACAGAAAAAGCAGCGUAACGCCCGAAAGAUGUCGUUCAUUAAAGAGGAGCGCGAAGACAUGAAGAUCGAAGAAGCAUUCAGCGUGAAACGAGAAGAACCCGAGGAACAAGCGAAGAUGGCACUUAUUAAAGAGGAGAAGGACGACUUGAAGAUCGAAGAAACGUUCGGGGUAAAACGGGAAGAUGCCGAGGAACAAAUAAAGAUUGUGUUUAUCAAAGGGGAGAAAGAAGACGUGAAGAUCGAAGAAGCGUUCGGGGUCAAACGUGAAGAUCCUGAGGAACAAACAGACCUAAUGGCAGCGAAAGAAGAGAAAGAAGCUCUCGGUCAAUCUGAAAUAGCACAUCAACGUGAGAAUCUCCAAAAGACUCAACAGAGAACCCCUGAAGAUCAAACGGGAGAGAGUUUCUCUCAUGAAGCAAGUCUUGAGAGGCACGUGAAGAUUCACGCCGGAGUAAAGCCUUUCAUAUGCCUUCGGUGUGGAAAGAGUUUCACCCUAAAAGAAAACUUCAACAGGCACGUGAGAUCUCACACCGAGAAGAAGCCCCACGCGUGCCAGCAGUGCGGCGUGAGGUUUGCUCAACACGGACACCUGGAAAGCCACAUGAAAUUUCACACCGGGGAGAGCCCUUUUACUUGCCAACAUUGCGGAAAAUGCUUCGCUUGUAAAUCGAUUCUUGAGAGUCACUUAAGAAUUCACACCGAAAAGCGCUUCGUCUGCCCUCAGUGUGGAAAAUCCUUCAAUCAACGGGGAAACCUCAAGUCCCACAUCAGAAUACACACCAGAGACAGCGAGAGUGCCUUCGUCUGCCAACAGUGUGGAAAGAGAUUCACUCACAUAGGAAGCCUGAACGGCCACAUGAGAACUCACACGGGAGAAAAACCCUUCACGUGCCACCAGUGUGGAGACAGCUUUGCUCACAAUGGAAACCUUAAACUCCACAUGAGAAUCCACACCGGAGAAAAGCCUUGCAGCGUGUUUAACGGUACAAAAACUAACUUUCAUUUGUCUUUUUUCGUCACAGACAUCCUGUCGCUGAAAGAGGAGCCAAAGAAGGCAUUCUCCUGCCAACAGUGUGGAAAAGGUUUCAAUAGAAAAGGCGACUUGAACAGGCUGAGAGCUCACACCGGAGAGAAGCCUUUUACCUGCAAACAGUGUGGAAAAGGUUUCAUUCAAACAGGAGACCUUAAGGUGCACAUGAGACUUCACACCGGAGAGAAGCCUUACGCCUGCCAACUGUGUGGAAGUAGUUUCACUUAUGAGGUAAGCCUUAAGGUCCACAUGAGAACUCACACCGGAGAAAAGCCUUACACCUGUCAACAGUGUGGAAAAGGUUUCGCUCAGAAAGUAAUCCUUAACAGGCAUGUGAUCAUUCAUACGGGAGAGAGACCUUUCGUCUGCCAACAGUGUGGGAAAAGUUUCUACCAAAAAGAAAGCCUUGACAGGCACCUGAAAACUCACUCCGGAGAGAAGCAUCACGUGUGCCAUCAGUGUGGAAAGAGUUUCAACCAGACGGGAAAUCUUAAAGUGCACAUGAGGAUUCACACCGGAGAGAAACCUUUCGUCUGCGAGCGGUGUGGAAAAAGUUUCUCGUGUAAGGCGGACCUCGAAGCGCACUUGAGAGUUCACACCGGAGAGAAGCCCUUCGCCUGCCAACAGUGUGGAAAGAGCUUCACUAAAAGAAGAACCCUUAAUAACCACAUGAUAAUCCAUACAGGGCAGAGUCCUUUCGUCUGCCAACGGUGUGGAAAGGGUUUCAGCCAGAAAGAAAGCCUUGAAAGACACGUGACGAUUCACUCCGGAGAGAAGCAUUACGUGUGUCAUCUGUGUGGAAAGAGUUUCAACCAGACGGGAAAUCUUAAAGUUCACUUGAGAGUUCACACCGGAGAAAAACCUUUCGCCUGCGAACGGUGUGGAAAAAGCUUCAAUCGAAAAACGAAUCUGAAUCAACACGUGAAGAUAAUUCAUACGGGAGAGAGUCCUUUUGUCUGCCGACAGUGUGGACAAGGUUUCACCAGAAAAGGAAGAUAUGACAGGCACGUGGGAAUUCACGCUGGAGAGUGCGGCGACAGUGUGGAAUAAGAUCACUCUGGAGAGAAGCGCUCUGUACAUCAUCGGCGUGGUGUAAGGAGGUGAAUAAGUAAACACCCCCCCCCCCUCAUGAUGUGAUGUCAUGCAGAUGUUCGGCAGAGUUUUACCAGAAGAGUGUGAAGAAGAAACUUGACUGGAUCAAGAAACGUUACACAUCUCCUUGUUCGUGUGCUCCGCUUGGUGUUUAUUCUAAACUUUGUCCAAAGUAAAAGUGUAGGUUGUAAAGGAACCUCUGAAUACCGAUAAACAGCGCAGUAAACAUGAACUUUCAGCUCAGUGUGCAUCUUCUGUAUUAAACGUAGCGCUAACCACGCACGUGAACUUACACUCAUUCAUCUCACUGAAGAUCAAACUGAAAGUAAACUAAACCUGCUCUGGCGGAAGUGAUGUCAGUGCUCUGCACGCUAGACCCAGAGCCGGUGUUUUUCUAACAAUAGGACAAUACAAGUUGGUACAAAACAUUUGAGACUAUAAAACACUGAACGUGUCGGGAACAUGUCAUUGUCAUGUUUUCUGGAGGUUUUCCUUAGACGUAAUUUCAUUCAAUUCCAUAUAGAAAUAAAGACUUUACUGUACGCACUGUACACAAAAUCUGCGUUCAUGACGUUCACAUAUCAUUGUAUCCCAGUUUGUGCUGAAUACGGUAUAAUCGCAAUCUUGCCAGUUUGACUGUCCCUGUUGCUUCUGACUCAUAGCGGGCAAAGAAACAUUUUGGUCCCUCUGCCAAGGCAGCGUUGCCAAUGUCAGCCAUAGGAUUGCUAGGUGUGUAACUAGUGAUGGCCCUUUGUUCUGAAGAUGC